AUGGCGGCCAGCGCUUCAUCAGCAGCAUCCCCCGUUUUCGCUGCCAAAGAAGCCUCCAACCAACAUACCCUUUCUCACAAUCCUUACUCCUCCGAUCUUUUUAAUUCAUAUUCUCCACAAUCUCUGUCCUUGGAUUCGCCUUUCAAUCUCCCCGGUAAUGGCUUCGCCGGUCUUGAAUCUUGGGAUACUUGGGCCACAGUGACGGACGGUCCAUCUCAGCCAUUGCCUGCUAUUUCGACUCCACUAUAUCCCGCGUCCUACACGCAUCCUAUUGAAUCACAGCCAAGUCCUUUGCAGAAUACUCUUCCUUUAAUAUCGGAUCUAGAUGUACAUGAGGAUUUCUUUCAACCGAAUGAUGUCCCCUUGACACACUCUGAAGAUCGCCAAUCUCAACUACCUCCUAUGUCCCUUCCAGCAUCGAUCACUACAUCGCCCAACCCAUCAUCGACGACUCCUAGUGAUUUGGCUGCAACCCGUUCAAAGUCCACGCUUUCUAAAGUAGAAAAGCGGCAACUGAAUACCAUGGCUGCCCGUCGCUAUCGUCAAAGACGAGUGGACCAAUUGACUCGUUUGGAGGAGGAGCUCAGGCAAGUCAAAGAGGAACGCGAUGCGUUGAAAAUGCGGGUUUCUAAACUGGAAGGUGAGACGGAAGCUCUCAGAUCUCUUGUCGGGAGAGGAAAGAAGUAG